CUUCAAUGCAACUAUAUUCAAAUUAUUUUCUACUAAAUUUUAAUACUUCUUUUGAAGAAGGAAUAUCCUGGGAACUUAAAAAGAACAGAUUUUUCAUUCUUGGAAGGAUUUAGAAAAUCCUAAAAUAUCUGAUGAUGUAUUUCUUCGCAAUUUUAUUUUGCACUCUUUUUGUGCCCUUCACUCAAUCGCUCAAAGUCGACGAUAGUCUAUUAAUCGAUGAUGAUGUAUCUGACUAUGAGGUGCUUUCAAUUGGUCAUAAAAUAUCCAACGACAAAUUAAUACUUCGAAUUAAAAGAGAAGAAAAAGAUGAUGAUUAUUAUUAUUUAAAUCCUACUGAUAGUAUACUUGCAGGCACAGAAACGAAAGUUUAUACUGCCACUAAUAAUUAUCAGGGUAGAUCUGUGGAUUACGUAGAAAUACGAAAUGUUAUCCAAAACAUCAUCCAUAAAUUUUAUCAAGAUCAAAAAACUGGUUCAUCUGUUACACACUUUAGGAAUAAACGUGGAAUAUCUGAAUUUCAUGGAAUCAUCGACAAUAAUUAUGUGAUUCAACCAUUGCCCAAUCAUCUUCGUAAACGUCGAGAUUUGUCGAAAAAAAAUUCUUCAUUCUUUGAAAGUGAUGCCGAAGGUUUCAUAAAUACUGAUGAACAUAUAAUUUACGAACGAACAUUUAAUAAAGAUUCCAAACUUGAUGCAUCUAAGAUGGUCGAUGAUGAAAUUAUGAAAAUUAAAAGUGUGUCGCGAAGAGAUGUUGGAGUAACUCCAAGCAUUGUGUAUCCGGAAAUUAUGGUUUUCGUUGAUGAUGUACUUUUUAAAAAAUUUAAUCAAGACGUAAUGAAAGCGGUACAAUAUACUUUGAGUUUCUGGAAUGCAGUUGAUUUAAUAUACAGACAAUUUGAAAAUCCACAAAUUCGCCUCUAUGUUAGAAAAAUAGUAUUAGUUAAAGAACCACUACCCUUCAUUAAUAAAGCAAUCCAAAAUUUUCCCAAAGGAGGUAUACAUAGCAGCGGAUGUUUAAACGAAUUUGCUUUAUUUUUACGUAAGGAACCAAUCUUUAAACCAACUAUAGAUUAUGAUGUAGCUGUGUUGGUCACUGGAAGAGAUAUGAUGAGAUCACAAAAUAACAAUGCAACAGCUGGUCUUGCCUUUGAAGGUGGAGUGUGCGAGAAUAGUGCUUUACAGGGAUACAUUAGUUCCAGUCUAAUUGAAGAUAUGAAUGGUUAUGGAGGGAUUGUUUCUGCUGCUCAUGAAUUAGGUCAUAUCUUUGGUGCACCUCAUGACGAGGAAGAUUCAAAGUUUCAUCAAAAUGGUGCAUUGCAUUGUCCAAAGAAAGAUGGUUACAUCAUGAGUUAUAAUCGUUAUAAUAAAAACAGAAUUUUAUUUUCCCCAUGUUCGAAAAAUGUUAUUCGAACUGUUUUAAGUCAAGAUUUUGCAAAAUGCGUUCAGAAUAAUCCUGCAGAAUAUGAAAAUAACAAUCAAGUACCAAGAAUGUUACCUGGAGAAGUAAUGACUUUAGAUCAACAAUGCAAAAAUCUUGGAUACAUAAGAAUUUCUAAAAAAGAAACAACUUGCUUAGAGCUACAUUGUGUCGAAGAGGAGUUGAAUGGGAGCUAUUUUCACACUACAUCUAAGAUGCCUCCUGCGGAGGGAUCUGAAUGUGGUGAAGGAAAGUACUGCAUAUCAGGAGAGUGUGUACAGAAACCUAAAAAUUUGAGACAAAAUUCAAAUUCUCAAUUGCCACACAAGCAAAGCACAACAAAAGCACCAAUCAGUACAGACGCGCCAUCAAAACCAUAUUAUCCAAUAGUAUACAAGCAAACCACUCCAAAAGCAUCAAUCAGUACAGAGGCACCAAUUACCAGUGAUUCUUCAUCUUCCACGAAUUGCGUUAAUGGAAAGUGUACAACUAAAACAUGCAACAAUGGAAAGUGUACAAUUAAGGAAACAAACAGCAACAAUGUUCAUGUGCCAAACACAGCAUCCGAUUUUUUUUCGCGAAUAAAAUUGCCUUCUUGGUUUAGAAAUUAACUUUGGAAAAAGUUAUUUUUUCUACACAUAAUAAAAUAUAAUUUUUAUUAUUAUUAGUUCUAAACGGUGAAACUGAACUUAGUUAGUUGCGAUAUUCAAAAUAGAUUUUAGAAAAUAAAUAAAAAUGUGAUAAAAAUUUUUUUUGAAAAAUACAAAUUAUGUUAAAUAAAAAUUAAGUAUCUAAAAUUUUUCUUAAGUAAAAAUGCUAAGCUACUAUUCAUUACUAUUUUAUUAUUUUUUUAAAAGUAUUUUUGUUUGAAUGGGCAUUAUUAGCCCGUGUAUUUUAUAAAUAAAUAAAAUUUUUUAAAAUAAAAA